GCACCCAGAGCGCCCCGCAACGACGGCGCCGCGCCCGGCGGAUGGCGGUGGCGCGGAGCAUGGGGCCGGAGCGGGUGUGUCCCGAGGAGCCGGGGCCGCCGGAGGCCCCCGACGGAGCGGCGGGCUGGAGCGGCGACGAAGAAGAAGAAGAGGAGGAGGAGGAGGAGGAAGGAGAAGAGGAGGGCGGCGGCGGCGGGGGGUACUUGUACCAGCCGCUGAGGCAGGAGCCGGAGCAGGGCCCCGGCGAGGCGGGCCCUUCCUCCGCCCCAGCGGGCUUCGCCGAGACGGGCCCCGGCCUCCAGGAGCGGCUGCAGGUACCGCCCAGCGCCCGCCGGGCCGGGGAGGCCCAGCGGCACGGCCCCGCUGGCGGGGGUCGGGCCCCAGCCCCUGCUGCCCGCCUUUCUCCGCAGAUGCUGAGGCUGCACCUUCCCGACCCGCCGGCGGACAGCGAGGAGGAGGAGGAGGAGGAGGAGGGGGCGGAAGGCGCGGCGGCUCAGAGCAGCCGCAGCUCCAUCCCCAUGGAUGCAGAGCAUGUGGAGCUGGUGAAGAGGACGAUGGCCAGCGUGAAGCUGCCUACCCUGGGCAUCCCUGCCUGGGCCAGCCAGAUCUCGGAGGAGCAGUGGAAGGACGUGGUGCAGCGCACGCUGCAGGCCCGGCAGAGCCUGGGCGUCCCCAGGCCCGAGUGGCAGUGAGGGCCGAGCUGCGGUGCCGGGGCUGCUAACCCAGGCCUCCCCUCCACCGCACAGGCCCGGCAGGCUUCCACUGCCCCGCGGCUGGCUGCUGACAGGACUUGCUGCCAGCGACCUCCCAGUUUCUCCCCCUGACCUUUGUCAGGCUUCCUUUCCUGCUCCUCUUUUGUGGUUCUGGCUGGCACAUAAGCUGCUGGGAUGUCCUUUUGCUGGCUUCCUCUGCCUCUGAGGAGCCCUACCAGUUUCCAUACUUGUGUGUGUGUGUGUGGAGGGAGCUUGUUUAGCUUUGCCCAGAUUCCCUUGGGAAAAACACUGGAUUUGUCCCUGUGCAAGAGUGUCAGAGAAGUCCCUCUCCACACCAGGGCUCCUCCCAGGAGCUGUGUGUUGGAAUAGCAGAGGUGGAGUCCAGCUUGUCUUUCCAAGAGGUCAGUUUUAUUUAGUUCUGUACAUACAGGGACAUCUGUACAAAAUCCAACACUUUCAUACUAUGUAAUGCUCUACUGAAAAUAAAGUACACCAUAUGUACAUAUGAA